AUGAUUGAAGUCGUCUUGAACGAUCGACUUGGCAAAAAAGUCCGUGUCAAAUGCAACGAAGAUGACACAAUUGGCGAUCUAAAAAAGCUUGCUGCUGCACAGCUAGGAACGAGACCCGAAAAACUCAAAAUCCAGAAAUGGUAUACAAUCUACAAGGAUCAUAUCACUUUGGAGGAUUAUGAAAUCCACGAUGGGAUGGGUUUGGAGCUUUAUUAUCAAUAG